UUUUGUCUGCCAUGUUUGUUCUGUAAUUUAUUUAACUAUUGUGUUGUCAAGUGUAGUUACCCAAGUGUAUUUAGUGUAAAAAUUUAAUCACCUGUUUGUGUCUUUGUGUUAAUUAAAUGUCAAUUUGUGCAAUGUUAUAAAAUUUAAUCGUAGAGUAUACUCUAUAGGGAAUUUAUAUUUAUUUAUUCAAAAGCAGAUUUUUCAGUUCACUUGUUCAUUUGAAGUCACUGAGGUGAUCGCAUCUUUUUUCAAAGUCAAGAAAAGUUUAAAAAAUAUUUUAGAAUUUCAAUUUUUUUUCAACAAGUCUAUUUAACUUCUUAUCAAGUUUACUAUCAAAGCUCUUACACUUGGCAAGCUGGUAAGCAUUAUAUAGUUUAUAAUAUUAGUUAUAUUUCCUUAGUCAUUUCUUUUUCACUACCUACAUUUUUCUUAUAUAUUGUAGUUUGAACACGUCGUUACAAGCAAGAGUGUGAGCGAAACUUUUCUUCUUUUUGGUUAACCCUACAGAUCUUUUAUGGCUGCGCCUGCUCAAACCUUGUUUGCUAGUGAGGAAGAUUGUAUUUCUUUAUAACUUAUAACACAGAUAAUAGGAAACCAAGAUGGCAAAGAAUUUAAUAGAAUUUGAGAAUCCAUCGUUUCAAAAUGACUACGACGACAGUGACUACACUGACGACGACAGCCAAGAUGGCAGUGACAAAAAGAGCAAUGAAGUAAAAUACAAUGACCUCGAAUUUGAUGAAUUUGACGAAACAAUUCAAGAAGAUGAGGUAAAACAUGGAACAAACUUUAGCAAAAUAAACAUGGAUGAAGGAAUAGUAAAGUGGCGAAGGGGUCCGGCCCCUAUAGAAGAUGGUACCGCAUUAGCAAACAUCAAAAUAGCGUCAUUGCAAAGUAUGCAUACGGAGAACAACUCGGAAUCUGAUCGAAACGCCGCUAAUAAAGCUCUUAUCAAUUACUUCUCAUACCUUGGAACAUCCGGACCAAAUGUUAAGGUGGAAUUUACCUAUCUUGACAAUUUGUUGAAACAUGCAGAUAUAAACACAAGGGAUCUCCAUGGACAAUCUAUUUUUCAUGAAGUAGCUAGAGAAUGGCACACAGACCUAGCAUUUUAUGUAAAAUCGCAUGGGCUUGAUGUUAAUGUUUCUGAUAAUUUUGGUAGAACACCUCUGUUUGUGGCAGCAGCAUCUGGCAAUGUACCCAUGCUUAAGUGGCUGCUCCAUAACGAAGCUGAUAUCAAUCACAGAACAUUAAGAGGGGAGGAACAAACGGCGAUUCAUUAUGCAGCAAAGUUUGACUCACUGGAAUGCUUUCAGUUGCUGAUUGAACAUGGCGCGAGUCCUCUUGUAAGAGAUGCACAAUAUCGCACUCCUUUUUUUCUAGCUGCUGAGAGAGGCUUGAACAGGAUGUGUGCUUAUAUGUUAAGACUGGAACUACCCACGUGCUCGUACGAUAAGACUGGAGUGGGUGUUAUUGAUCACGUGAUCAGAAAUCUCUCCACGUCAUCGGCUCUGCAAGCUUUAAACCAAUACAUCGUGGAAGACAAAACCUAUCGCAUAACGAAAUCGUACAUAAAUUGUUUGGGAAAACACAGGAUGGUUUUGUUAAAUGUUGCACUUAACAACAGAAAAAACGGCGUAAUCCGAAAUAUUGAAAUACCAGGUGCAUUGGACAUUAUCGUGGAAAGACAAGACCUUGAGCUUAUCACGCAUCCAAUUAUACUAGAGUUGCUUUCAUUGAAAAGAAAAACAUUUGGCUUAAGAUACAAUAUUUUAAACAUUUUGUUUUACGCAAUGUUUACGUUGCUAUGGACGAUCAAUUUAAUGUGCAAGGAAGAAAGCCGAUCAAAUAUAAAUGCCAUCAUUGUAAUGACUGUAUUUGGACAAAUCCUAACGUUCUUAUUUACAUAUAAGUUAUUUUUGGAAUUCAAGGGACAAAGAAGAUAUUUUCACCAAAUACGAAGAAAUAGGUUGGAUUAUAUUACAUCUGAUCGCAAAUUUUGUCAUCCACGUUGGGUGAUGGAACAAGUGUUAUUAGAUAAAAACGAACACACAGCCAAUCUGAUGACAGCCAAUUUUUGGUCUGUGUGGAACAUCGUGGAAGCUCUGUGUUUGUUAAUGUCCACAGUCGAGACAAUCAUGACUACAUUUUGGGCUGUAGGGGAUGAGUUGAACUUGUAUUUUUAUUACUACUCUGGUAUCUUUGUAACCAUGUUAUGGCUACGGUUAAACAAAUCACUGCGGCUAAUACAAUCACUGGGUCCAUUUAUUGCCAUGUUUGGAGCCUGUGUCGUUGCUACUGCAAGAUUUGCGUUUUUGUUCUUUGAGUUUUUCAUCCCGUUUUCAGCAGCAUUUUGGGUUUUAUUUUCUGGACCACGUAAAGGCAUAACGGUUGGAGAAUAUAAAACAUUUAACAACAUGCUUUAUCAGUUAUUUUUACUCACGAUCGUAGGCGAUUAUGAUUAUGACACCUUAAGGGAAGUUGAUAAAGUCUUCUCGCAAAUUUUGGUUGGUUUAUAUUUCGUGUUAGUUAGCGUAAUAAGUUUAAAUUUAUACAUCGCGUUGUUGUCUGAAGCAGUAGCCAGGGUGAACCAGACUGCAGCAGCAACAGCAUUUUUGAAAGAGGCGGAGGAGAUUGUAAACAUAGAGAGGAUCUUUCCGUACUUGAAAUCAGAGUUUGAGAGAUAUGCUGACAAAUUUUACGCACCUAGGAUAAAUAGACUGACAAGAAAAUCAAGCGACGUUGAAUUUAACGCAAGGGAAAUAAUUUCAGAUCUAAAGCGAUCCAUUAACGAUAUGCAGGAGGAAAUGAAUCAAGCUAUCGAAGAGAUGAGUGAUAUCAAGAAAAAUAUGGAGGAUUUUGAAGAACCAGUGAAACAGUUUAAACAGCAAUAUACGGAAGAAAGCAUCAACGAAAUAUUUCAUUCCUUAGAUGAAGUUUCGAAAUUCCAAACGUCUCAAGUAAAUAAGCUUCAUCGAACAACUCGAAAAAAAAUCGCCAGCUUUAUCAGUCGAAACAGUGGGUGGGAACCAUAAUGGUGGAAUGUCAUCCAUAAUCUUCUUCUUGAAAAAAAGGUGUAUCGUGACCAGUUAUUUUUUUUAGCUUAUUGACAAAUAGUUGUAGAAAUUGGGCUUAUAUAGCAUGUACCACAAGAUCAGAGAAUCGGAACACGCAUUUAGGAUUUCCGAUAUUCACCAAGUCAAAUUCAAUUGCAACUUGUGUAAGCCGGUUUUUUAUCAUGAUUGAAGUUAUAAUUUAAGGGAUGAAAAUUUUAGGAGGUGAUAAGAAUUUGGAUAUUUGUCACCUACCCUCCCCCCUGUCCAGAGUUAGAGUCAUAUAGCUAGAGUCAGGGUUAGGGUUAAUUCUUUUUUAUUUUUUUAUUUUUAUUUUUUUGAGGGGGGGGGGAGGGGGCUGAAUUUGUUAGGCUAAUAAUGUAAAGUUUUACAAGUACAUCUUAUUUUCCCAAAAAAUUCAAAAAAUAUUUAUGGUAUGCUCCAUAUGUGUUAUAAAGAGGAUAAAUUAGGGUACCCAACGUAACCAAACAAGAACCGUCUAGCGGCUUAAAUUUCAAAACACAAUGAUUUGAAAUUAUUUUUUUCGCCAUAGUAGGAUUAGUAUAUAAAAAAAGAACAUAUAAAAUUU